CAGCGACAGUGUUCUUGUGUUUCACAACACUGUUACACUCCUCAGCGCACAGACAAUAUUACGGGCUUGUUGGAUUUAUCUGUGCAUAAAUACUUAUGCAUUUUUCAAGCAGCAGUAUUUUGCAGUAGCGUCGAGGUUGUGCCAAAUGUCCAAGUUGUUGUGAUGCUUUUGGGUUAGAACAUUUUUUCGUAAUUUUGCACUGUUUACAUGUGCUACGCCUAAGCUGCUUUGUGAGAAUACGACUGAGUUUGGGCGUGUGCUUUCUUGAGACAAUACCAACCCCGAGCCAUCGCAACUAUGAGAUUUCUUUGUUCGGUAAUCAUCUUGGCGAUUUGUACAUUAGUUGCAUCUCAGAGGACACCAACUAUCUCAUAUAUCUCACAGGAACAAAUAAAAGAUAUUGGAGGAACAGUAGAGUUGGAAUGUUCUGUUCAGUAUGCCCAGGACUACCCUGUCUUAUGGAUGAGGAUUGAUCGUAGCAGACAGUCUGAUGGUCUUCCUAUAUCCACAGGAAGUACACUCAUUAUUCGAGACAGUCGUUUUGCUCUGAGAUAUGAUACGGCAAGCUCAACAUAUACAUUGCAGAUAAAGGAUAUCCAAGAAACAGAUGCUGGCUAUUAUCAGUGUCAAGUGCUGAUCUCUCUCAACAACAGAAUAUCAGCAGAAGUUGAUUUGCAAGUCCGUCGCCCACCGGUCAUUUCUGAUAAUUCGACACGUUCACUUGUAGUUAGCGAGGGGCAGGCGGUAAAGCUCGAUUGCUAUGCAGGUGGUUAUCCUCCUCCAAGAAUUUCAUGGCGUAGGGAAAACAAUGCCAUCCUGCCCACAGGUGGAUCAAUUUACAGAGGGAAUGUUCUGAAGAUUGCAAAUAUUCGUAAAGAGGAUAGGGGGACAUACUACUGUGUGGCCGAGAAUGGUGUGGGCAAAGGUGCAAGAAGGAACAUUGCUGUUGAAGUUGAAUUUGCUCCAGUGAUUUCAGCUCCACGCCCAAGGCUUGGACAGGCACUUCAAUAUGAUAUGGAUCUCGAGUGUCAUGUUGAAGCAUACCCGCCUCCUGCAAUUGUGUGGAUCAAGGAUGAUGUUCAGCUGUCAAAUAAUCAACAUUACAGCAUUUCCCAUUUUGCCACUGCUGAUGAAUUUACUGAUACGACAAUCCGCAUCAUAACAAUUGAGAAGCGGCAGUAUGGCCAGUAUGUGUGCAAGGCUGCAAACAAAUUGGGAACUGCAGAAGCAAGAGUAGAACUGUUUGAGUCUAUAAUCCCGGUGUGUCCACCGGCUUGCGGUCAGUCUCGGACUAGUGAUGCUGCUCAGAUCUCGGCAAGCAUGGCCCCUAUUCUCAUCACUGUCCUCGUAUUUUUCCUGCAUCGAAAUUUCAACGCCAAAUAUUAAUUACCCUGGCCUGAUAUGGGACAGCUCAGGAGGGAAUGUAAGUCAUGAACAUGGACUCAUUUUUACAAUGUUGGCAGCUAGACUAGUGUCAUUUGUGUGUAUUUGAAGUUGUUUAUUGUUCUUAGUAUUUUUUUUAUUAACAUUCUUUCUCCCAACUUGCUCGUACGUGUAGAGUGUAUACUGUAUGUAAAUUUUAGGUCAGUCCAUGUUUAUUAUUAGUAGUAGUAAUUUUAUUACGAUUUUUAUUAUUUGCACCUUAUUUUCUCAGCUAUUGACAGUUCUUUGCAGACCUAAUUUUUAAUUUUAUACUUAAGGAUAGUUCUUAAUUGACCGUGUUAUAAAUUAAUUUAUAAACUAGUUUGUGCUAUGAGAUUGUGAAUAUUUUUUAAAUGACUAAAAUUAUCUUGAUAUGAAUUUUAAUAUACAUCACAGUUUUGGAUAUUCUUCCAAAAAAGGUUCAGUUCAUGUUGUACCACACAGGCAAACAAUCAAAUGCCAUUUUAUAUUUUUAUGAUAACACAUCAGAAUAUUGUAAAAUUUUAUAACGAUAUUGUUUAUUUGUAAUUGAUAUGUGUAGAUAAUACUGUAGUAUACAUUUUUUACACUUUAUGUGACUGAAUCAUGUACUACAAAAGUGUCAGUCUCUAACAAGUACCUUCUAUGGUUUUAUGUUUCACUUGGCGUUAUUUACCGAUGAGAAAUGCCGUGAAAGUGACAGAAAGUAUGAGAUUAAUAUGUAAUACUCCUCUGCAACCAGUUCUUAAUGUGAGAGCAGUUUAUUGAAGAAUAUUAAAUCUUCAUACUCACCGCUGUGAAAACCUCAAAUCUUACAUAUUAAAUCUUACUUUUCCGUUUCAUUGGUCGGUCGGAAAAGUAGGAAGUACGAAUUUGAAGAUUGCCA